AAUUGUGUUUUAAAUUGGCAAAUGUUAGAGUGUCACGUGAUAUUAUGUAAUCCCUUAUGUAUAUCUUGAUGUAAAUGUAAGAAGAUCCAUAUGGAAAUGCUAGGAAUAUUGGCAGUUUUGCCUGCAAUCUAGCUCUGCUAUGAAUGAUAAGAGCAUUUCUCUUAUGCAAUUGCUGAUGUUGAUUUGAUUAGAUUAGAAUUUUUUUAACUUUGUUCACAAAAGUAUGAGUUUUAUUGCAGUUUGAAUCUGUCAAGGCUCAGUUGCUGUUUUGUGAUGUUUUACUUGUAUGUUUUUAUAUAAUUUUCUGUGCACUAUCAAUUUUAUCGAGUAGGUCUAACCAGAUGGAUAAAGAUGUAAAGAAAAAAGGAUGGGGUUUUACUAAACCAUGUACCCUUUCUCCGCAACUGCAGGAAUUAUUUGGGGUUUCAGAGCUAGCCAGAACUGAGGUUGUUAAGAAAAUUUGGGCAUACAUCCGGGAGAAGAAUUUGCAAAACCCAAAAGACAGGAGAAAAAUAUUAUGCGAUGAACGUUUGCAAGGAAUUUUUCGUGUUCGUAGUAUAGAUAUGUUCAAAAUGAAUAAAGCAUUAAGCAAGCACAUUUGGCCCAUGGAUGAAGCACAAGAACCAGAAGAAGAACAAGGAGAAGAAACAGCUAACGAGAAUGGAGGGGACCAAGAAGAUGAAAAUUCUCAAGAAGAAGAAGAAGAAGAAGAAGAAGAAGAGGAAGAGACUGGUGAAGACAGCGGCAGUAACAAUAAGAGGUCUAACAAGAUGGAUAAAGAUGUAAAGAAAAGAGGGGGCUUUACUAAACCAUGUGCCCUUUCUCCACAACUGCAGGAACUUCUUGGGGUACCAGAGCUAGCCAGAACCGAGGUUGUCAAGAAACUUUGGCUAUACAUUCGGGAGAAGAACUUACAGAACCCAAAGAACAAGAGAAAAAUCUUAUGUGAUGAAGCUUUGCAUGGAAUUUUUCGUGUUCGCUCUAUUGAUAUGUUUCAAAUGAAUAAAGCAUUGUCCAAGCACAUUUGGCCCCUAGAUGAAGCAGAAGCUAUGCCAGCCAAAUCUUCAAAGAAGGAAAGACAACGUGAGGCCAGAGAAGAAGAGUUGGAUCAGCCGAAGAGGAAAGAGAAACCACGAAAAGGGGGAGGUUCUGGUUUAACUGCACCACUUCCACUAUCAGAUGCUCUAGUGAAUUUCUUCGGUACUGGUGAAAGCGAGUUAUCCCGAGCUGAUGUUGUCAAGAAAAUGUGGCAAUACAUAAAAGAAAACGAACUUCAGGAUCCAUCUGAUAAGAGAACAGUUUUAUGUGAUGAGAAGUUAAAAGAACUCUUCAAGGUGGACUCCUUUCAUGGCUUUGGUGUUUCGAAGUUACUGACCGUGCAUUUCAUCAAAACACAAAGGUGAUCUGGCGAACGAUGAAUGUUAGUUUCCUUUUCCUUACUGGAGGGGACGAGAAUUUUGUUCGCAGCAUGUUUGGGCUGCUCUAUCACACACUCGAAUAGUUGGAUCAUCCCAGAAAACUUGGUGAUAAGGUAGCGGCAUUUGAUAUAUAGGAGUCGAGGAAUUGCGAGUCAACUACUAAACCUCGACUAUUGAAGGGUUGUGUAUAUUCUUUCUGAAACAUCUUGGAUAAUUGGAGAAAAUGCACUUCCACACAACUUUUCUUCAUCUGUAAAAUUGAUCCCUUUUCGGUUUCUUUUCUAUAAAUUUUUUUCCUUUUCGAAUUAAA